AUGCCCGCCCAGCAGCGCCACCGCCAGUACGACCAGAGCCGGCCGGAGGUUCCCACCAUUGUGAUGUACAUUCACCGAUGGCUCCUGGCCAAUGCUUCUGCUGAGCACAGGCUGGACAAGACCCUGCUGAGUGUCACCAAAGAACACCCGGGUGACGCAGUCGUGACGCUCCUGCGUGUGUCCCCGUGCUGUGACAGAAUUGCACUCCACCUCCUUGGGCUCCUCAGCUCGCAGGAGCCACACUGGGAUCUGCCCGCCCUGGCAUUCCUUGUGGAGGUCCUCGAGUGCCUGGAUUCGAGCGAAUGUGCUGACAGUGUUGUGAAGGUCUCAUCAAGGUAUCUGCAGAGCGAGUGCAGGGAGAGGCGUCGCCUGGCGCUCAGAGCCCUUCUCGAGCUCAUUGAUGAUCCCUCAAUGGCUUCUCGGGAAACGCUGCUUUGUGCGGUCAAGUUCAUGAAGAGGAGGGAUCUCAAAAAGCUCGUGAAGGAGGAGAAACUGUGGAAGUUCAGCAAGUGCCUGGGGGGAGGUGAGUUGGCUCCACCGCCCGAGCCGGAGCCGCGGGCCCCACCCCAACCCGCCCCGCAGGAGGUGCCAGUCCCCGCGGCCCCUCCCGCGGCACCGCCUCAGCCCGGACCGGACCCGUCGCCUCCAGCGGAGUUUGUCGGCGUUCCCGUGGCAGAAGCACCGCCUCCCGCGGCUUCGCCCGAGUUGCUAGGCGACGCACUCGACAGCAAUCGCCAAGAGCUCGCGACUGCGCUGCCGCUCCCGAAGCAAAGUGAGACAACAGUGCAGGCGGCACCGGUGGGCGCGGGCCCCGCGCCCCUGCCGCCCCCCGCGGCUGUCCCGCCGCCUCCCGUGUCGGCUCCGCCGGCUUUGCUGUCUGCGCCCGCGAUGCAGCUUCCGUUCCUGAAGAGGAGGGAUCUUGAAAGACUGGUGAAGAACCAGAAGCCGUGGAAGUUCACCAAGUGCCUGCGCCACCCGGGCCCGGCACCAUCGAGCCCCGCCUGGCCCCGGCACUGCUGCCGCCCUCUCGCAGCCGUGCCCUGGGGCGGCCGCGUGCAGCAGGGGCCGGGCUGA